AUGAGGAAUCACUCAGUGGUGACUGAAUUUAUCCUGCUGGGCAUCCCACACACAGAGCGAAUGGAGACCAUGCUCUUUGCCCUGUUUUUGUCCUUCUAUCUCUUCACUUUGAUGGGGAACUUGCUCAUCUUACUCGCAAUUGUUUCCUCCACUCGGCUUCAUACUCCCAUGUAUUUCUUUCUGUGCAAGCUAUCUGUUUUUGACAUUUUUUUCCCUUCGGUGAGCUCUCCCAAGAUGCUGUUCUACCUCUCAGGGAACAGCCGAGCUAUCUCCUAUGCAGGCUGUGUGUCUCAGCUCUUCUUUUACCACUUUCUGGGCUGCACGGAGUGUUUCCUGUACACUGUGAUGGCCUAUGACCGCUUUGUGGCCAUAUGUUACCCUCUGCGCUACACAGUCAUUGUGAGCCACAGAGUGUGUGCCAUCCUGGCUACGGGCACUUCAUUUUUUGGCUGCAUUCAGGCCACUUUUUUAACCACUCUCACUUUUCAAUUGCCCUACUGUGGUCCCAAUGAGGUAGACUAUUACUUUUGUGAUAUCCCAGUGAUGCUGAAGCUGGCCUGUGCAGACACCUCGACCCUGGAGAUGGUGGGAUUCAUCAGUGUGGGCCUUAUGCCCCUCAGCUGCUUCCUUCUCAUUCUCACCUCCUAUACUCGCAUUGUCUACUCCAUCUUGCAGAUCCGCUCUGCAGAAGGCCGACACCGUGCCUUCUCCACCUGCAGUGCCCACCUCACUGCCAUCCUUCUUUUCUACAUGCCAGUGGUCCUCAUCUACCUGCAGCCCACCCCCAGCCCUUGGCUUAAUGCAACUGUUCAGGUCCUAAACAACCUGGUCACUCCCAUGCUGAACCCCUUGAUUUAUAGCCUCCGGAAUAAGGAGGUGAAAUCAUCUCUAAGGAAGGUCUUACAUCAGUUUGGUUUCCUCCCUGAGCAGCUGUAG